GUGCUCUCAAAUAUCGAUGAGCUGUUCAACAGAGAGGAGCUGUCGGCGGCUCCUGACCCCGGCUGGCCCGACUGCUUCAACUCCGGUGUGUUUGUAUUCCGUCCCUCUCUGGAGACCUACGGCAAACUGCUCCAGCACUGUACAGACCACGGCAGCUUCGACGGAGGAGACCAGGGGGUUUUGAACAGCUUCUUCAAUGACUGGUCAACAGCUGACAUAUCCAAACACCUCCCCUUCAUCUACAACCUGAGCAGCAUCGCCAUCUACACCUACCUUCCAGCAUUCAAGCAAUAUGGUGGCAAUGCCAAGGUGGUGCAUUUCCUGGGGAAGACCAAGCCGUGGAGCUACACGUACAACACCACAUCCAGACAGAUCACAGGCAGUGCGGACGACGCCACCACGCACCCCACCUUCCUGCAGGACUGGUGGAGCCUGUACUCCAGCACCGUGGUGCCCAUGCUGCAGGAGCAACACGGAGACCAGCCCUUCUACUCCGGAUGUGUGGAGCCCCCGCCCUGUGACAUGAUCACUGUUGAGAGUGUGCAGGAUGGGACUUGCCCUGCAUUUGAUCAAGCAAUCCCACCGGAACUUUCCUCAGAAGAGCGGAAGCAGAAAUGGGAGCAAGGCCAGGCAGACUACUUGGGAAUGGACUCAUUUGACAAUAUCAAGAAAAAGCUUGAUUCUUUUCUUAAAUAAAGAAUUGAGAUCUGUAAAGAGCACUUGCAGUUUACUGUCAGCACAGGUGAUAAAAAAACAAAAAAAUAAUAAUGUAAAAGACCUUGCAUCUGUAAUUCAUAGCUGUUUGUCGACCUGAAUGAGUCUCUCGCUCCACCAGCAUUACUACUACCGGGGGGGGGAAUAUUCUUUAUUGUCCAUUACCCUGCGACAUGUAUCUGUGCUGUUACACUGUGGAGAGAAGGAGGAAGGACCUACAGCUAAACAUCCAUUUGAAGGUAAUAGCAAUGUACAUUUAGCUAAAUGUGUUCUCAUGUCAAUGCUGUUUUAGGAUAUGUUAACACUAGUUGAACUCGGCGUUUUGUAUCUCAGCAGUUAAUGAUUUUCUUUCUUUUUUUACACCACGCAGACUCCUAUUAAUCUCCAGAGCAUUAAUUUCUCCUUCUCUCCCAUUUAUUUCUCAUGUUUUAACAUGGAGACAGCCAGCCUAUGUUUGACAUAGAAACACAAAGAUAUGUUUACAGCACGUCUGAAGGCCACAGGACGCUGGUUUAGCCGUAGACUAGAUCCUCAGUGCCUUGUGUUUUGCUCUAAUGCCGUCAUCUCAUCUUUUCUUGACUUUCAGCUUUUCUGUAGGACAUAAUGUUUUUUUUUUUAACUUCCCUGUGUUUUACUUGACCAGGAUGUUGGUUGUACCGUUUGAAAUCUCAUCUGCAAUAAAUAAAAACAUUAAAAGUUA